AUGAGUCGGAUCGAGCAGUCGCCCAAGCCCGGCAAGGUGCAGCGGGCGCUGAUCGCUUGCCAGGAUGCCUUAGGUUACCUGUUGCAGCCUGCAGCAUCCGCCAGCCUGGAUUUUAUCUAUGUUGAUCGCCUCCUGUCGUCGAUUGUCGAACCCCCCUCAGACGCCAAGCAGAAGAACGGCCGCCGCGGGGUGUCGAUUCUCCGGCAGUGGAUGAUCGAAGAAGGGCCCGGGGUCGCGCUGCUGGAGAUCCUAGGCCAGCUGCUCUGGCGGGUGGUCGACAUGAGCAGCGACCAGGUGAAGGGUCUGCGGCAGGCCCUGCAGGCGAACCCACGCUAUCUAAGCAUGAUUUACGACCCCCGAUCGACCGAGCUCGUCCUCGAGCGGAUCGAGCGGGUGCGGCAGAACAAGAUCAAGGCCUGCCUGGACUUUCGAAACAGCGUGCUGGGCUACAGCCCGGACGACACCCCGACGCCGGACGAGGCGCCCCCACCAUGGUCGCCCCCAAGAGUUUCGUCUCAGAUUGUCGUGCCUCAGGAAUAUUUUCCUGUCGUCCAGGACGAAAAGGCUAUCGUAUUCGAACCGGUGUCCUGGGACCCGUCCCUCUCUUACAACGGCCUGAUCAAGCUGCAUCCAGCGACGAUCAACUACAAGGGGCUGUGGACGAAUGAAUUGGAGCGCGAUCUCCUCGACUUCUACAUUAACAUCUUCGUCCCCGGCCAGACCUUCGUCGAAGCAGAAAAUACAUACCUCGAUCUCCUCAACGUCGCCAUGCGGUCCGAGAGCACGAGACACGCCAUCUUCAGCCUUAGCGCGUCCUACCUGAAAGACUACUCCCUGUCCGGCAACAUACAGUACGACUACAUCAACCACCGGUACAUCGCGCUGGCAGCGCAGGCGCUGCAGCGUGAUCUCAGCAACCGCGACUCACCCGAGAGCAGCCUGGCGACGGGGAUGCUGCUGGUGCACCACGGCGUCGUCAACGAGCAGGAGGCCGAGAUGUGCUGGUCGUGGCACGUCAGCAUGAUCGACGCCUUCCAGAAGGCAGGCUGCUUCGACCCAUCGUCCGAGCCGGCGCUGUACAUGACCUACCAACUGAUCCUGGCCCUGACGACGCAGACGACGGCGCAGAUCCACGCUGGCCCGCCGAUGGCCAGCUGCGACUGGCUGCUGCAGUGUGACUUCCGCGAGUCGCAGCGCAUCUGCGGCAUCCUUGGCACGUCGCGGCGCAUGUUGUGCCUGAUCUCGCGCAUCACCGAUCUGGCCAUGGAGCCGUCGACGUCGGAGGAGAAGCUGGCCCGCGCCGAGGCGAUUGAGGACGAGAUCCUGAUGCUGGACGACUGGUCGCAGACGGCGACGGGGGAGGCACUUGAUGUGUUGCUACGCAUUGCCAAGGCAUACCACCUAUCGGCGCGGAUAUACCUGUUGUGUCGGGUGUUGGGUGCAACGCCACUCCAAGCGCGCGUCGUCUCUCUGCAAGCCAAGCUGUACGAGCUGGUAAUCUCCCUGCCUGUGGACGGGCCGUACUUCACGGCCAUCUACCCGCUGUGGUGCUGCGUGAUGGCGGCGGUGUCAUCGACGCAAGCAGAGCACGUGGAGAUGCUGUUCGAGCGACUGCGCAACAUCAGCCAGCGGAACAAGGGGAACAUCGGUUCCGUGCUCGCCUGCAUCUCGAAUCUCUGUGCCUGGAUUCGGAGCCAUCCCUUCACCAGCACCCGGCAGCCGGGGUGGUGGGAGGAGAUGCUCGAGGCGCAGCCAGCAAGACUAAAGAUGUUGAGUUUUGGUUGA